GGCCAAGGCUUCGCCAAGGCGAUGACGGCCAAAGAGGCCGAGGCGUUCGUCGGCGGCACGUCCUGUCACGUGAACCACCUGCAGGAUGAUAAACUGAUUCUGGACGCUCCUACGACGAAACCUCAUGUCAAAUCCAGACGUCAGCGCAGAGACACGGCCGACGACUCGCUGGAGCUCAGGGUGAAGUUCGGUUAUGGCGAGUGGGUCGUGGGUUCUGUGUACUAYGACGAAAAAUACAAACUUCCCCUCGCCAUCAUCAUCCCCGCCGUCAUCGUUCCGAUGCUGCUCUUCAUCGCCGUGUCCGUCUACUGCUACAGGAGGAAGAGUCAGCAGGCGGAGCGGGAAUACGAGAAGGUGAAGCAUCAGCUGGAGAAUCUGGAGGAAAGCGUUCGAGAUCGCUGCAAGAAGGAGUUCACAGAUCUGAUGAUAGAGAUGGAGGACCACACCAGCCACCUGAGCGAAGGCCGGAUCCCYUUCCUGGACUAUAAGAACUACACGGACAGGAACUUCUUCCUGCCGUCCAAAGAGGGCUCCAACGACCCCAUGAUCACAGGAAAGAUCCAGAUCACAGAGGCUCGCAGGGCCAUCGUGACUCAGGCYCUGAACCAGUUCUCCAACCUGCUGAACAGCAAAACCUUCCUCAUCAACUUCAUCCGCACACUGGAGAGCCGGCCCGACUUUAACGCCCGCUCUCGGGGAUAUUUCGCCUCGCUGCUGACGGUGGCGCUGCACGGAAAACUGGAGUACUACACGGACAUCAUGAGGACGCUGCUGCUGGACCUGAUGGAUGAACACGUGCAGAACAAAAACCCCAAACUGAUGCUCAGGAGGUCGGAGACGGUGGUGGAGAGGAUGCUGUGUAACUGGAUGUCCAUCUGCUUGUAUCAGUUCCUCAGGGACACGGCCGGAGAGCCGUUAUACAAACUGUUCAAGGCCCUGAAGCAUCAGGUGGAGAAAGGUCCGGUGGACGCCAAGCUGAAGAAAGCUAAAUACACUCUGAACGACACGGGGCUGCUGGGAGACGACGUGGAGUACUCAGUACUGACUCUGCAGGUUCUGGUCCACGGCGAGGGCCCCGACGUCACUCCGGUUAAAGUGUUGAACUGUGACACCAUCACCCAGGUGAAGGAGAAGAUCAUCGAUCAGGUCUACAGGAACCUGCCGUACUCUCAGAGACCCAAAGUGGAGAACGUCGCUCUCGAGUGGCGUCCCGGCUCCACGGGUCAGAUCUUGUCCGACCUGGACCUGACCACCCAGAAGGAAGGACGGUGGAGGAGACUCAACACGUUGGCUCAUUACAACGUCCGGGACAACGCCACGUUAGUUCUGUCCAGAGUUCUGCACACGCAGUCCUUCCAUCAGCACCAGGACAGCCAUGAUGAGACUUGCCUCUGCGGUUUUGGGUGAACAUCCUGAGGAACCCUCACUUCAUCUUCGACGUGCACGUGACGGAGGUGGUGGACGCGUCGCUGCACGUCAUCGCUCAGACCUUCAUGGACGCCUGCACCAAGACGGAGCACAAACUCAGCAGAGAGUCUCCCAGCAACAAGCUGCUUUAUGCUAAAGAGAUCUCCACGUAUAAGAAGAUGGUGGACGAUUACUACAGAGGCAUCAGCCAGAUGGUUCCAGUCAGCGACCAGGACAUGAACACACACCUGGCCGAGGUGUCCCGGCAUCAACUCUACCAAUACGCCAGCAAAUACUUCGACGCCAUCAUCCAGUCGUUGGACGAAGACCCGGCGGCUCAGAACAAACAGCUGACGGUCCGCCUGCAGCAGGUCGCCGCCGCCCUGGAGAACAAAACCACCGACCUCUGACCCUGUGAGGGGCGAGGGGGAGGAGCUUAAAGUCCCCUUCCUCGUUAGGACUGAAAGGAGCGACUGAACUUUUUCUGAAUGUUUCACCGUUUUAAAGACUAAAGAACCAACAGAACCCAGUUCUGCUUCACCUGAGGGAGGAGGCGGGGCUUGGAACGGCACCAGGUGGAGCUCCGACAAAUUAUUUUUCUAAAAGUAGCCGAUGGGUUUGUGAGCUCCGGACUUUUUUUUUUUUCUGUCAAAGUUUCAACCGACAAACGAAAAUCCAAAACGUUAAAUUUAAAGAAUAAACAGGAAGUGAUGGACAGGAAGUGAUGGACAGGAAGUGAUGGAAGAUCUUCCUCUGGAGGCUGUUGGAGCUGCAGCCAACGAUUGACCAGUCUGAGUCUGAGGACUUGGUCUGGGACCUGAGGUCCAACUGAACGCUUCAGUCCUGAAGAGUCCCAGGAGGAAGCAGGUCCUGACUCCUCUGCGGUACGAAGACCUGGGAUCUGUUCAGGUCCAGCUGCAGGUCGUCUCUCGCUCUCAUUUCUGUUUCCAGACUUUGAUUUUCAGGUCCGAGCUCGUUUUUUAAAACGGCACCACUAACCUUUGGUUCUUGGACCAGACCUGGAUCAGGUCCUGGACCGACAAACCCCAGGACCCGAUCAGGAUCAGGUCCUGGACCCGACAAACCCCCCAAACUGCCUAAAGAUCAUGUGAAAUGAGCUGAAAACGUCGCUCUGAGCUCUUGAAAGUAAACGAUCACAGAAUCAUCAAACUGUGGUGCAAUAAUCUGAAUCAGACGAAACAAAGUUUGUUUUUCUUUAAGAAGCUGCUUUGGUGCCAAAUACCUUCAGUAAGUGUUGUGUGUACUCUGUGCUACUUUUCUACUAAACAUACUCAAAUGUGAAUCUUUAGAUGUUUCCAGAUCUGAAAACAAAACGAGAGAAGAAAAAGCCCUCUGCAGCKGUUUGUGUGUGAAUGUUUGGCUCUUUUUGUUUCUGCUCACAGAACCGUUCAUGUUUUUCUGUCUGCCUUCUCUCCGCCGCCAGCGAGUGCCUUACAGAACCGGGCCGGGCCGGGCCGGGCCKGAAACAUGGCCGCCGCUCAGACUGACUGAAGGGUUCUGGAGUUUUCUAACAGACUUUGAUGAGGUGGUGCUGAGGGCUUCAGAACUUCACUUUAAAAAACAAAAACUCAAACCAGAUGUGUUGGUUUUAAAGAAACUCCCGCUUAAUCUCAGCUUAAUCUGAAAUAAUGCGAAGCUGUUUCCAGGUUUUUAUUGUAGUAACRGUGAAAACACAGAUUAAAAUAAACACGUUGAAACAAAGCAGAGGGUUGUUUGAUUUGAAUUUAAGAAAUAGUAAACUGAAGUUUUGCACAAAUAUGUGAUAAAAAUGAAAUMAAAAAGACAAUCUAUAUUAAUAUCUUGAGUUAAACUACUCAACAUAUGUCCAGACAUUUUGUUUUCAUUAAUUAUCUGUAUUAAUCAGGUUUAACAGAACCAACAGCACCACCUUCUGGUCACUUUAUGCAACUUCAGAUAAAAAAAAUAAAUAAAUAAACCAACUUAUUAUUAAUAGUUUCUUUUUAGUAGCGUAAACUCUUACUGCCUUUCUGGUUGUGGUUGUUGAGAACUUCCUGGUCUGUUUAGUUUGAUUGUAAUUCACCUCCAAACUGGAUUUAUUCAAAUUUCCUGUCUGAUUUUCUGAUUUUCAGCCGUAAACUGAACAAAGAUGUUUGUAUCUGAAAUGACACAUUGUUUGUUUUAUGAUCAAAUUGUUGGCACAUGUUGUAUAAAGAAGCACAGUUGUGUUAUCUUUSAGCUCCACGACUGCAGAUCAGUUGUUAAACAGGAGGAGGAAAAAAAACGGGACAUUUGAGUGUUUUUAGGUACAGAAUGAUGUGAUGUGAAACUGUCGCAGUAAAUGUUUCCAGGCACGUGUGCAACUCUUGAAUGUUUGUUUUUUUGCAGAAAUCUCUCUGAGGUACUUCAUCUGUUUGUUUUUGAAAUGCCUCCAGGAGACAAAUGGUUUGAAUGGACCAGGUUCUAAGACUCAGUGGACUAAAAAUGGCACUGCCCGGCAUCAGAACCGGUCUGAAGCUCAAAUCUGUGACUCUUCUGUGUGGAAGUGGAGAAAUGGGCAGAAAAUCCAGAUGUAGGAAGUUCAAAUUAUCCAAUAAAAUAUGUUUAUAUUAAAAAAGUUA